UGUGCUGUGAGGAUGAGCAGGUACAUGCUGGUGUGGACAUUGGUACCACCUCGGCCACGCAGACAGACUCGCUUUGGUCUGGGGCACCGGCACUUCCGCAUCCUGGGCCUGGCCCUACUGAUUAUGCUGGGACUGGCCCUGGUCAACUCUCAAUUCACAGUACCGCGAUCUUGGAGGCGCCAUCUGGUGGUCCGUGCCUCUAAACCGUACAAAAGUCCCACCUUCAGACAGCAUCGGCUACGUCACCAGGCGCUUCUCAAAGCAGACGCCAAACAUGAGGGCCUUGGACGCCUACAGAGGAUCGCCCCCUCUAAGACCCCUCCAGCAACAGACUCACUAAAGGGAGUUGGCAACAGCUCGUUUGUCGUUAGUAAACUCAUGGAAAAGUCACCUUCUCCUGUCAACGGGACACUUCCCCCUACGGACGAGAGAAUAUUCAAGUUUUCUGGAUCUGAUAAGUCUUCGAAAAGUGAUUUGUCGAAAGGAAAAGGAUUUAUUUUUCUAAACAAUCUUCUGAAAAAGAAUGCCUCCUUACAGGUGCAAAAGAACGAAAGAGGUCCCUUCAAGGUUUCACAGAAAAUUGUGUCUGCUGGGGAUGCUGUCCCAUUGAGAGUUGAUAUAAACAAUACAAAUGACAAGUCUGAAAAAACGACAAGAAGUCUCGAGUCUAUUCUACACCAACCUUCACAAACGCCUAAGGCUUUCGACAGACCAACGGAUGGCGCUUCUCCUUCAGUCACACAAAAGUCACCUGCGAGUACAGGUUCGCCCAAACUCAAUACGGCCAUUACGUAUACACAGGCCAGCAACCCGCCUUAUCUCGUAAACAUGUCCCCAAAAGUGGAGAAGGAGAACGCUACGUCGCCGAGCGCAAAGAAGAGGCCGGCGUUUUUUGGCGACCAGCCUCAACCUAGCCUAGUGUCCAGUUUGGCUGUAGACAAGACUGAGUUGGAAAAGCCAGAAGCAGUUCAGACGAGAAAAGCAUUCAUUCAAAACGACCCAGCUCUGGUUUCAAAUAAAAAACAGUUUCCUUUAAUUUCAUCGUCUGCACUGAUUAACAUCUCAUUCUCAAGCCCCCACGAAGAGGAGACGGGUUUGAAGGUGCCCUUAUUAAACCUUUUAAUUAAACCUUAUUUCCAACGCAAUUAAACUGAAUCCCAAAUGGGAACAGCAUAGGACACUACUAACAUAUAAAACCAUCUAUGAUAUUUUGGGGGCUGGUUCAGUAGUUGACACUAGAAUGUGAUUUAAAUGUUAGCACCAUGGAUAAACAUAUUUUACAGCAGACGUACACGAACCACGCUGUGAACAUGAGCCACUUGUAAAUUCUAAAACCAAUACAUGUACUCAUAACGCUUAUAAUACCGUGAAGGAAAGUUCUUGUAGGUGCAAAGUGCGUGGCUUCACAAAUAAAAAGAAUGAUACUAAACUAUU